AUGAUUUUGAUUUUGAUUUUAUCAUUUGUUUUUCUCUAUAUUUUCUAUGAAUUACACUGGAAAAGACGGAAUCUGCCGCCGGGACCGACUCCUUUGCCAUUCUUGGGGAAUCUGUUGGAACUUAACAAACUGAAACCAGGAUAUGAGGCUUUUGCAAAAUGGAAGAAGAAAUAUGGAUCGGUUUUCACGUUUUGGAUGGGCAAGAAGCCAUUUAUCAUUAUCUGCUCCUAUGACAAACUGAAAGAAACAUUUGUGAAAGAUGGAGAAACCUACGUGGAUAAACAAUUGGGAGCUAUUGAUAAAGAGAGAUUGGGCCAAAACUAUGGAGUACUGGAUACCAAUGGUGAGAUGUGGAGUGUACAUAGAAGAUUCACGUUGACGCAGUUGAGAGAUUUAGGACUGGGCAAGGAUUUGAUGCAGGAGAAGAUUCUAAUGGAAGUUCAAGAGCUCUACAAGGACAUUGACGCUCAUGGAGGAGCUAAAUUCGAUUUUCCAGCUCUUAUAGACAGAAGUGUCGGGAAUGUCAUUAAUUUGUCUUUGUUCAACAAGAGAUUUGAGACGGCUCGAAGAGACGAAUUUGCUCAUUUAAAGUCUUUAAUCGAUGGAAUGAGAGACGUUGUAUCGGAAUUCCGAUAUUUCAUCCAAUUCUUGGUUCCAUGGACCUCAAAAAUCCUUCCAAGCCCAACUUUGGGAGAAAAAGUGAAGGAGCGCAGAACUAUGCUGGAUGACUUUUUCUACAGUCAAAUUGAUGAGCAUAUGAUGGAAAUUGAUUUUGAGUCAGAUGAGAAUUUUGAUUUUGUGGAGGCAUAUUUGAAAGAGCAGAGAAAAAGAGAAGAGGAUGGUGACAAGGAAACUUUUAGCCGAAAACAGCUCUGUGCAAUGUGCUUCGAUUUAUGGAUUGCCGGUCUCUUAACAACGACUUCUACACUAACCUGGGGCAUUUCCUACUACCUUCACGACGCAAAAAUCCGUGAAAAAAUCCACGACGAAUUAGAUCGAGUGAUUGGAAGUGAUCGUUUGAUAACCACUGCUGACAAAAAUCAGCUACCGUAUCUCACAGCGUUUAUGAAUGAGACUCAACGAUGUGCAAAUAUCAUUCCUUUGAAUUUGUUGCAUAUUACUACAAGAGAUACUGUAAUUGAUGGAUAUAACAUUGAAAAAGGAACUGGAGUCAUUGCACAGAUCAGUACCGUUAUGUUAGAUGAACAGACUUUCCCCGAGCCCUUCCGUGUAAAUCCCGAUCGAUUUUUGGAGAAUGGAAAAUUGAAAAAAGUCGAUGAAUUCAUUCCAUUCUCUAUUGGAAAACGACAAUGUUUGGGAGAAGGGCUUGCUCGAAUGGAACUUUUCUUGUUUUUCGCGAAUAUUUUCAACCGUUAUAAUGUAUUGCCAGCUGGAAAAAUGCCGGAUUUAGACAAGUCACAACACAAUUUUGUGUUGCCAAGGAAGUUUGAGGCGGUGCUGGAGAGAAGACUCAAGGAUUGA